AUGUCCAAAUUCGGCUGUCUGGUCAUGGGCCCAGCGGGCGCCGGCAAGACGACCUUCUGUACCGCCCUCAUUCAACAUCUCCAGCAUAGCCGUCGGUCAUGUUUCUACGUCAAUCUCGAUCCGGCUGCCAACGACUUUGCCUACCAGCCAGAUCUGGAUAUCAAAGACUUGAUCUCGCUAGAAGAUGUGAUGGAAGAGAUGUCACUCGGCCCCAACGGCGGCUUAAUCUUCUGCUUCGAAUUCCUGCUCCAAAACCUCGAUUUCCUUUCCGCUGCCAUCGAGCCUCUGUCGGAAGAAUACCUCAUCAUCUUCGAUCUACCCGGCCAAAUCGAACUCUACACCCAUAUUCCUCUACUGCCCGAGCUGGUGAGGUAUCUGUCAAGAAUGGGCCCAUUGAACAUCAGUCUGUGCGCAGCAUAUCUGCUAGAGGCGACCUUUGUGGUUGACAAGGCCAAAUUUUUCGCGGGCACUCUCUCGGCCAUGAGCGCCAUGAUCAUGAUAGAAUUACCGCAUAUCAACAUUUUGUCCAAGAUGGAUCUGGUCAAGGACCAGGUUCCCAAGAAGGAAUUGAAGCGUUUCGUCGAUCCCGAAGCCAACCUCCUCGACGAGGAAGACACCGGACGAGGCGAAAUCGCGGGCGAACAUGUACACACAGUCGAUGUGCGCGACCCACAUGAAGUCGAUCAGGUCAUGAGCGGGGAUUCGUUCAAACGCCUCAACCGUGCCGUGGCGAGGCUGAUUGAUGAUUUUAGUAUGGUAUCUUUUCUGCAGCUGGACGUGAACGACGAGGAGAGUGUGGGAGAUAUCCUGAGCUAUAUCGACAAUGCCAUCCAGUUUCACGAAGCGCAGGAACCCAAAGAUACCAGAGAGGUGGAGCCGGAAGAUUCGACCCCAUAUUGGGAAGAGGAGGAUUGA